AUGAUUCUUCGCAACGUUCACGACACCAACUGGAAAGCAAAGGGAGAGCCUGAGAGAGUCUUCACUGUGACCAACAUCAAGACUCCCCAGACUCAGGAGGAUGAGUUCAUAGAGAUCCAGAGCGACACAGGGACAGCCUUCCAGCGCUGGUCUGUGCGUCACAUGACCAUGCUGCAGCAGGUCAUGGCCAACAUCAUGUCCCUGUCGGCCCCCGAGCUCAGACUCCAGGGCCUCUUUCUGGUCAUUGUGUGGUUCUGUUUGGCUUUCAGCUACCAUGGGCUCGGAGUGUGGUUCCCUGAUAUGAUCAAGUACAUGCAGUAUGAGGAGUACCAGUCCAAGGUGAAGGUCUUUCACAGAGAACGAGUCGAACGAUUCCACUUCAACUUCUCACUCGUCAACCAACUGCAUCGGGAAGGACAAUACGUGCAUGACAAGUUUGCAAACAUUGAAAUCAGAUCUGUGAAGUUUGAAGACUCUUUGUUUGAGAACUGCUACUUUGAGGACAUCAAGUCGACAAACACUUUCUUUGAGAACUGCACCAUUAAAAACACAAUGUUCUACAACACAGAUCUAUGGCAGGAGAAAUUUAAAGACUGUCGAAUGGAGAACAGUACUUUUCUUCACCCAAAGAAAGGCUGUCAUCUGAACUUUAAGGAGGAGAAUGACAUUGUCAUCUAUUUGGUCAGCUUCCUGGGAAGCUUAGCGGUGUUGCCCGGCAACAUCAUAUCAGCUCUGUUCAUGGACAAGAUCGGAAGGAUCCGGAUCAUAGGUGGCUCUAUGCUGGUGUCGUCUGGCUGCACGUUCCUCUUGCUGCUGAGCUUCAGUCAGGGAGCAGUUAUAUGUUGGCAGUGUCUGUUCUACGGAGCCAGUGUGGCAGCGUGGAAUGGCCUCGAGGUCAUUUCUGUGGAGCUAUACCCUUCUGCAAAAAGAGGCACAGCUUUCGGGAUCCUGAAUGCCAUCUGUAAGUUUGCAGCCAUAAUCUCCAGCUUCAUCUUUGCUGCGUUCAUUGGAGUUACUAAGAUCAUUCCCAUCUUCAUGGCCUUCUCUGCGCUGGUCUGCGGCGGCCUGUUGGCUCUGAAGCUGCCUGAGACACGGGAGAAAAUUCUCUCUUAG